CCAUUGAGCCCGUUUCCAGUAUCAUCGAAGGCUCCUGAACCGGGUUCUCACGUUGCAGGGAAGAGUUUGGCUAGGGCUGGUGCCGCCUCAGGCUCCUUUGCUCGCACGGUGGCCUGGAGAGACUGGGCUCAAAGUGGGGAAGAGGGUGGGGCAUUGAGCUUCACUUUACCCGAGUGUUCUAUAGAGGGCUCAGUACAGAGGCGUCAUUGCAGAAGACCAGUAACCACCUUGGCGUGCUUGAUGGGUCCGCUUUUCUCUGGGGCUCCCACGAGCCCUCUUUCAAGAGGGGCCUGGCUGAUGGGGUGUGUAAAUAGUCCUUAGUAGUAGGGGAUCGGGGAUGGAAUCCUGCUGCUUAGAGAGGCUGCGUCACGGAAAUUUUAUACCAGGAGCCGGCUGUUGGUGGGGAGGUAGUGGGCAUGUACUGGCUUCUUGUACUGUGAAGGCGCCCUCACUGCCUAACCAAAGCCCAUGCCUCCACUAGUUCUCCUUCCCCAGGAUUCCCUGGUCCAAACUCUAGUACUCUUCUUUUUUUUCUUUAUUUAAAAAAAAAUAUUUAUUUUUGGCCGCGCUCCCAGGGCAUGCGGAAUCUUAAUUCCCCGACCAGGGAUCGAGCCCCUGCCCCCUACAGUGGAAGCUGGGAGUCCUAACCACUAGAUCGCCAGGGGAUUCCCUAGUAUUUAUUUUCUUGAUAGAACAAAAAAGCCUGGAGCCUAGAAUCCUGGGUCUGAGAUGAAGGUGCGGAGUGACCUACUCAGCCCAGCAUAAUUCUCUUUUAUGGGAUUGAGUGAUAAGAGUAAUGAUCCAGAAAGGAAGAUAUGGAAAGAACAGCAUCAGUAAGAGUUGGUGUGGAAAAUGAAGACUCCCGACUCUAACCAAGGACUCAUCCAGAUAGGUCUCUGGGACUACAGUGACUCUCUGUAGCACAAGGCCUGCUGGGGCCUCUGGAAAUGCAUGGUGAGACUUCUGGUGCGAAUAAGCAACAGCUCUUCCAACUAGAAGUGUUCUCUCUCCCCGCUGGAGCAGGGCCGGCUACACAGGUGCCUGAGGAUGUUCCCUGCUGGUAUGGUGAUGCUUCCAGCUGCACGCUCCGCCCGGAUCCGGCUUGGGCUCCCAAGUCCCGGCGCCCGCCAGCGCCCAGCGGCCAAGGCCGGGACAGCCGUGGCGCCGGCUUGUCGGGUCCAAUGGCGCGGCCUUCGGCUCCGCUCCCCGCGCGGGGACCAGGAGAGGCCGGACCCGGCCGGAGAAGGGGAAGGAGGCCGAGGGCUGUGAAGUUCGGGGACGUGGCCGUGUACUUCUCCCCGGAGGAGUGGGAGUGUCUGUGGCCCGCCCAGAGGGCCCUGUACCGGGACGUGAUGCAGGAGACCUACGGCCACCUGGGCGCGCUCGGGUGCGCAGGUCCCAAACCAACCCUCAUCUCCUGGUUGGAACGAAAUACCGAUGAUUGGGAACCGGCUGCUCUGGAUCCACAGGAGUGCCCAAGGAGGGUAACAGUCCAAAGAAAAACCAGAACCAGAAAGAAGAAUGAAGAGAAGGAAGUAUUCCCGCCUAAGGAGGCACCCCGAAAGGGGAAGCGAGGCCGCCGGCCCAGCAAACCCCGCCUGAUCCCCAGGCAAACAUCCGGAGGUCCCAUCUGCCCUGACUGUGGUUGUACCUUUCCCGAUCACCCGGCCCUGCAGAGCCACAAGUGUGCCCAGAAUCUGAAAAAGCCUUACCCUUGCCCAGACUGUGGGCGCCGCUUUUCCUACCCGUCCCUGCUGGUCAGUCACCGGCGGGCACACUCUGGGGAGUGUCCCUACGUUUGUGACCAGUGUGGCAAGCGGUUCUCCCAGCGCAAGAACCUCUCCCAGCACCAGGUUAUCCACACAGGCGAGAAGCCCUACCACUGUCCUGACUGUGGCCGCUGUUUCCGGAGGAGCAGGUCCUUGGCCAAUCACCGGACCACACACACGGGUGAAAAACCCCACCAGUGCCCCAGCUGCGGGCGUCGCUUCGCCUACCCCUCCCUGCUCGCCAUCCACCAGCGCACACACACCGGAGAGAAGCCCUACACCUGCCUGGAAUGCAGCCGGCGCUUCCGCCAGCGCACCGCCCUGGUCAUCCACCAGCGCAUCCACACGGGCGAGAAGCCCUACCCGUGCCCGGACUGUGAGCGGCGCUUCUCCUCCUCCUCUCGUCUGGUCAGUCACCGGCGGGUGCACUCCGGAGAGCGUCCCUACGCCUGCGAGCACUGCGAGGCCCGCUUCUCCCAGCGCAGCACGCUGCUCCAGCACCAGCUCUUGCACACGGGAGAGAAGCCCUAUCCCUGCCCGGACUGCGGACGUGCCUUCCGGCGGAGCGGUUCCCUCGCCAUACACCGCAGCACGCACACCGAGGAGAAACUGCACGCGUGUGACGACUGUGGCCGCCGCUUCGCCUACCCCUCACUGCUGGCCAGUCACCGGCGCGUCCACUCAGGCGAGCGGCCCUAUGCCUGCGACCUGUGCUCCAAGCGGUUCGCCCAGUGGAGCCACCUGGCUCAGCACCAGCUCCUGCACACCGGGGAGAAGCCCUUCCCCUGCCUCGAGUGUGGCCGUUGCUUCCGCCAGAGGUGGUCUCUGGCCGUCCACAAGUGUAGCCCUGGGGUCCAGAACUGUAGCCCUAGAUCUGCUAUAGGGGUGCCUAGCCAGAAAGGCAACCGACCGGCGCUGUCCAAUCAACGCACGCUAUCUCUCUACGGUUACGCCGUGGAGUCCAACCUCCCUUCCGAUUUGCCCCUUGGCAUGGAAGGGCAGAUAAGAAAGUGGGGGUGUCUGCGGCCCGCGCAGAAGGCCCUGAACCGGGACGUGACGCGGGAGACCUAUGGCUUCCUGGGCGCGCUCGGUGAGGUCCGGCGGCCCAGCCAGGACCCAGGGCCAGAGACCGGCUUGCGGAUCCCGCUGCCGGGACGCGCAGAAAGAGACCAUCGAGUUCAAAGUCCCGAGCUCCACAAACGCCGAGAUCGUUGCUGGGUUCCAGAUCCCGCCUACAGAGAGUUCCGCGUGAAAACGCCCCGCCAGUCCCGCGUCGCGGCACAGCCGCUUCCUGCUGUCGCGGCCAAUCACCGGCGUGCAACGCGGCCAGCGGGAGUGCUGGAAGCCGCGGGCACGUCCAUCUUUCUUGAUGGCAGGAAAGCUCCCCUCAGCUCCCACCCGUUAAAACUCACCUGCACGGCCAUUGUAUUUAAGGUCAAGUGGACAAUGAAAAGCCAGACCAGCGCCAUGUUUGAUACGGGUGUUUAUUUGUCCCCAUCAGAAUCCCGAAUCCCAAACAGCCAACCCUGCUACUUCGGUUCCCUUCGGCUGAGUUCGGAGGCCAAGACUGGGCGGGGCCCCAGGCUCGGGAGCCCUUCCUGUGGACGACGAGAGCUGAGGCCAGGCGCGGGGAGCAGGCGGCCGCUGCUCUGGGCUGGAGGCCACAUGGCGCCGCCCCCGGCCCCGCUCCUGGUGCUGAGACCAGGGGAGACCGGGCUUGGUUGCAAGAAGCCUGCGGCCAUGAGCUUCGCGGAUGUGGCCGUGUACUUCUCCCCGGAGGAGUGGGGGUGUCUGCGGCCCGCGCAGAGGGCCCUGUACCGGGACGUGAUGCGGGAGACCUACGGCCACCUGGAUGCGCUCGGAUUCCCAGGCCCCAAACCAGCCCUCAUCUCUUGGAUGGAACAGGAGAGUGAGGCUUGGAGCCCCGCCGCCCAGGAUCCUGAGGAGGGGGAAAGCCUGGGAGGAGCUCUGAGAGGAGAUGCCCCAAACAAAAGGGAAGAGGAACCCAAGACAGGGCCAGGAGCCAAAGGAUCCGAAAAGACUCCUAGGAAGGAGAGGCCUGAAGAGCUGGUUAAAAACAACCUUGACUCAACCAUCAGCAAAACCUCGGCAAGAGCAGAGCCACCCAGCAAAGCUGCCUGUGACCAGAGCGCAGGUGCGCAGCCCCCGGCCCUGGUGCCCAGUGUAGAUGCUCAGGCCAGCCAGCGGCGCCACGUGUGUGCAGACUGCGGCCGCCGCUUCACCUAUCCCUCGCUGCUUGUCAGCCACCGGCGCAUGCAUUCGGGUGAGCGGCCCUUCCCUUGCCCUGAGUGUGGCAUGCGCUUCAAGAGGAAGUUUGCCGUGGAAGCGCACCAGUGGAUCCACCGCUCCUGCUCUGGGGGCCGGCGGGGCCGGAGGCCCGGAAUCCGGGCUGUGCCUCGGGCCCCAGUCCGAGGUGACCGGGACCCGCCGGUGCUGUUCCGGCACUACCCGGACAUCUUUAAAGAGUGUGGGUGAGCGGCUACCCCUGGCUGGGCUUGAGCCUGACCUCAGCGCUAAGGACUAACUGGGCCCUGAGGGAGGCUCCUGAGUCAGGGAUUUGGGACCCAAAAUUCAUCCCUUGGUUUUCCCUCAAGGAUCCCUCUAGUUUCCAAACCUGUAAAAAUAAAAGUGCCUGUAAAGAUUCAGAGAUUAAACUUGACACCUCCUCUCUCUAGUCUUUCCUAAAAAAUGAAGAGAGUGACAUGCUGGAUUUUUCUCAAAGUGUUAUCUCAGUAGCAGGUGCAGCCAAGAUCAUGUGCAAACACUGUCUCCAAAAAAAAUCCCCGCUGCUUAUCUGCAGCAGAGGUAAAUGCUCUGGGGGACUAAGGCCGAGGAGGAGGCCUCAGAUGUAGGGCAUGGUCUAGUCGCGGGUAACUGACACCAACAGGAGGCUCAGGCAGUGGAGUGGGUGGAAAGAAUACAGAAACACCGGGUGCAGACCUAGUCUCUGCAACUUGCCCCCAAGGUGUAGCUGUUAAGUCACAUGCUUUCCCUGAGCCUCAGCGCCUUCAUCUGUAAAAUGAGGAUCAAUAAUAUUUACCUCGGGCUUCCCUGGUGGCGCAGUGGUUGAGAGUCCGCCUGCCGAUGCAGGGGACGUGGGUUCGUGCCCCAGUCCGGGAAGAUCCCACAUGCCGCGGAGCAACUGGGCCCGUGAGCCACAGCUACUGAGCCUGCGCGUCUGGAGCCUGUGCCCCGCAACGAGAGAGGCCACAGCAGUGAGAGGCCCGCGUACCACAAAAAAUAAUAAUAAUAAUAAUAAUAUCUACCUCAAAGGGUUAGUGUGAAGACUGAAAUUGUAACAAUAUGUAUGACACAGUAAAUGUGCAAUAAACAUUUGUUGAAACACAAUUGAAAAUGAUUGUUGAUAUUUUACACUUCAGACCAUGAAAAGAAGUCUGCUAAGGAGGCAGGGAUGGAUAGCAACAGCUGUGUUUCACAGAUGAGUAAACUGAGGAUCAAAGUUUCACCACUACAAAGCAGGAAAGCUGGAAACUGGCACUGUGCCCACACGUAUCUACCACUUCCUAAGAGCAGUCAGAUCUGGGCAGAACAGGGGUCAGGGGCUCAGGUGAGGGUGAAGUGAAGGAGCCAGUCUCACCUGUCUGGGGGAGUCUCAGCAGGAAAAUGAGAGCCCCGCCAAGGCCAGAGACCUUUGG